AUGCCUCUGAAAGGCAGAUCUACCAAGGCACCUGCUAUAAUGACAACUCCGGAGGACCCACAAGUGCCGGUGCUAGAGCAGGAGGUCGUUGCAAGCGAGGCGACUAAUGCUUCUGCAUCCAUCGCGGCAGAAGACGCUCCAGUGGCUUCAACAUCCGCGCCGAUUCAUGGUGCUCCCGUGUCAUCUGCUGCCGAUCCCCAGGAGCCUUCAGGAUCUCGUCGCCCUAAGCUUCCUGCGCGGGUGUGUGAUGAGGAAGACAAAGACGACAGGUAUUUGAGCGACGACUCCGACGAAGGGAUUGAUCUGCACGCGAAAGGCCUGCUCGCAUCCAAGACUCGGGUCACGCCGACGCUGCUGAUCCCGCACGUCCUUGCUAAAGAAGUCCGCGCGGCAGAGGCGUUAGUGCGUGCUCUACUGGUGUUCUUGAAGAAGUUGUUAGAUGAGGCAUUAGAUGCGCUCUCGUUUCAGGAGCUGCUUCCGACGUACUUGUCGCGGAUCCGCCACAGCCGUCUGCAAGUCACUUUCGCUUCUAUCGCAGAUGCAGAGGUGGUCCGGCAGCAUCUGGUGGACCAUGUGGGUGCGGAUGGCAAGACGCGCUACACUUUCGGCUGGCAGCACCCGAUCAACAGCGGCUUUGUGGAGGCGAAGGCUGACAUGCCGAGGGGGGUGGAGGUGCUUCUCAAGGGUGUGCCUGCGGAGAUCAGACCGACGAUCGUAUAUGAGUCGCUGGUGGUCCAUAAGCUGCAGAAGCAUGAAAGGUUGGCGUUCCUGCAAGGCGCGGGCUUCCACAGUGUAAUGGAUCCGGUUACCGGUCUGGGCACGGAUAAGAUCCGUGGUGUGGUGGCCACGCACAUUGGCUCCUUGCGUCAUGCAUCUGCGAUGGGAGCGGCAGGGGUGGCAACUCGUGCAAGCAAGGCAAAGUAG